AGGCGCCUGGGGACACCCGGGAAGCUUUAAAACAGUUCCAGGCCGCGCACGCUUUCCGAUUUCAUUCCUCUGGGGUGAGGCCCGGCAUUGGCUCAAGCUUCCCACGUGAUUCCAAAGUUGCAGGACGAGUAGAGGAAGUCACAGGAAAUUGACCUUGAAGUCCUUUCACAGGUCGGUGCCGCGGAAGAGGAGCCUGUAGCGAUGGCAAUAGUUGCACCCGGAUAAAGGAAGCCAUGCCCACCAGCCAAUCAGAGCGGCUAUAUGCAAAUUAACCCAACCAAGAUGGUUAAUUUGCAUAUAUCAGCUGGGAGCGAAGACUGAAGACAACAUGGAAGCGAAGCGCUACAGAAGAGAGCAAAGAGGAGACGGCAGAGACAGGUCUGAGCCUUUCCCCCUGAUUGUAACUGUCUUCCUGGCUCUUUCCUUAACUGCCAUAGUAUUGCAUAGCAACUACACACAGGCUGGGCACCAGACAGACCUGCACUGAACCUAGUUUUAUCUUCCUGACUGCAUGAUUUUUGGGUUCAAGGCUGCCAUCCAUCACUGGUGAUCCCCGAUCAUUUCUUAAAGUUACUGUGAUGCCAGUCUCUUCAGUACCAGGAAGUCUACUAUCCUAAGGAGGGCCACUAUUUACCAGUAGCUCCCGCAACGCGGCCGGUUGAAAUAGGGGCAUUUUGAACUUGACAAGUUGGUUGGGUCCUGGAGAGGGAAACAGGGCCAGUGCUUCCAGACACACCAAGUUGGGUUCAUAGCUUCUGUUCCCGCAGGUUGCGUGCCAGCCCUGGGGAAGGGAGAGAGGAGCAAGCAGGUUGGUUUCCUGGGUAUCGGUCGUCGCCGGAGGGGCCGCAGCUGAGGCUGCCAGUGACCCCGCGUCCCGCAGCGCAGGCAGAGCGAAGCUCCUGCGAUUUCUCUUAACCUCAGCAUCGUGGGACGAAGCAGGGCCAUUGUGCAUUGGGGAAAGCCCGGUGCCUGCGCUGCCGCGUCGGGUACAGAACCCAGCAGAACGCGCACCCCAUCGGAUUUAGAGCAUUGAUGGUGACUAUAUGGCAUUAUGUAAGCCAACUGGAGAAUGCUAUUUCUACUGUGGAUGAAAUGGUAUGAGUCAUUGAUUAACAGCUGGAAUGCUUGCCAAUUCUGCUGCAAAGCUCUAGGCUGACCCUGCGGACCCCAGAACCCUGCUGGAAAAUGCCGUCUGAACACUGCCUCAGUAUUCAAGAAAUGCUCACAGGCCAGAGGCUCUGUCACUCGGAAUCUCACAAUGACAGUGUCCUGGCAGCACUGAAUCAGCAGAGGAGCGACGGCAUGCUCUGCGACGUCACCCUGAUUGCGGAGGAACAGAAAUUCCAUGCUCACAAGGCCGUGCUGGCGGCGUGCAGCGACUACUUCCGGGCAAUGUUCAGCCUUUGUAUGGUGGAGAGUGGAGCUGACGAGGUGAAUUUGCAUGGUGUGACCAGCCUAGGCUUAAAGCAGGCUCUGGAGUUCGCAUACACAGGACAGGUUUUGCUGGAGCCGGGUGUGAUCCAGGAUGUGUUAGCCGCUGGCAGCCACCUGCAGCUGUUGGAGCUCCUCAGUUUAUGUUCCCACUAUCUCAUCCAGGAAUUAAAUAUCUUUAAUUACUUGGAUCUGUACAGACUUGCUGACCUCUUUAACCUCACUUUGUUGGAGAAGGCAGUGAUCGAUUUCUUAGUGAAGCAUCUCUCUGAACUCCUGAAGAGCCGCCCGGAAGACGUUCUAACGCUCCCUUAUUGUCUGCUUCAGGAGGUCCUGAAGAGCGACCGCCUGACCUCCCUGAGUGAAGAGCAGAUCUGGCAGCUAGCCGUGAGGUGGUUGGAACACAACUGCCAUUACCAGUACAUGGAUGAGCUCCUGCAGUAUAUCCGCUUUGGCCUGAUGGAUGUGGAUACUCUCCAUACAGUUGCCCUGUCCCACCCCCUCGUCCAGGCAAGUGAGACUGCAACGGCUCUUGUCAAUGAGGCCCUGGAGUACCACCAGAGCAUCUACGCACAGCCCGUGUGGCAGACCUGCAGGACCAAACCCAGGUUCCAGUCAGACACUCUGUAUAUCAUCGGCGGGAAGAAGCGCGAGGUCUGUAAAGUCAAGGAACUUCGGUACUUCAAUCCUGUGGACCAGGAGAACGCUCUCAUAGCUGCCAUUGCCAACUGGAGCGAGCUGGCCCCCAUGCCCGUGGGAAGGAGCCACCACUGUGUGGCCGUCAUGGGGGACUUUCUGUUUGUGGCAGGAGGGGAAGUGGAGCACGCCACUGGCCGGACGUGUGCUGUGAGGACUGCCUGUCGCUAUGACCCCCGCAGUAAUUCCUGGGCAGAGAUCGCGCCCAUGAAAAACUGUCGGGAGCAUUUUGUGCUGGGUGCCAUGGACGAAUACCUCUAUGCAGUUGGGGGCAGAAAUGAGCUGCGCCAGGUUCUGCCCACAGUCGAGAGAUAUUGCCCCAAGAAGAACAAGUGGACUUUUGUGCAGUCCUUUGACAGGUCCCUUUCCUGUCACGCUGGCUACGUGGCAGAUGGCCUUCUCUGGAUAUCAGGUGGAGUAACUAACACCGCACAGUAUCAGAAUAGACUAAUGGUGUAUGAACCUAACCAGAACAAGUGGAUAAGCCGCAGCCCCAUGCUGCAGAGAAGGGUCUACCACUCCAUGGCUGCAGUCCAUAGGAAGCUCUACGUCCUUGGAGGCAAUGACCUGGACUACAAUAACGACCGGAUCCUGGUGCGGCAUAUAGAUUCCUACAACAUAGACACCGACCAAUGGACGCGCUGUAAUUUCAACCUGUUGACUGGCCAAAAUGAGUCUGGAGUUGCUGUCCAUAAUGAGAGAAUCUAUUUAGUUGGUGGAUAUUCGAUUUGGACAAAUGAGCCUCUGGCUUGUAUCCAGGUACUGGAUGUAAGUAGAGAAGGCAAGGAAGAAGUAUUCUAUGGGCCUACACUCCCUUUUGCUUCCAAUGGAAUAGCAGCAUGCUUCCUUCCAGCUCCAUAUUUCACAUGCCCUAAUCUUCAAACUCUUCAAGUGCCUCAUCACAGGAUUGGCACCAUCUGAAAAGCCAAUGCUCUGUGGAUAACCAUCACAAACAGGAGGAAAAAAAAGCCUGACUUUUGGAUACUGGGCAUGAAAAGACUGAGUGCUCAAAUGCUUCCUUGUCUUGUUUUAUAGGUCUUAUAUUCAGAUAAACAUUAGGAAAAAAAGAACAAUUUUCUAAAAUACAUAACUGAAAAUUCCCGUCAGCCUUUACAGUGUAUGUAAUGUACAAUACAAUAGCAUAUGUAUGACUUCUUUGUGGUGUAGCUUAGUGCCAACUUAAUGGUCCAUUACUGUUCUAUGGGUUAUUAGAGCAUUUUUUUCUAACCAGUGCUGUCUAGGACAACAUGACAGCACUAGUAAGUCAAUUUAUUUCCAAGUACUGUCAUCAUUGAUUUCUAAAAAACUUCAACACUCAAUCCCUUUGCUACUUAAGCCUGGGUUUGUAAUUUUUCUUUAAAAAUUUAACAUUAGACAGCCCUAUUCAAUAGA